UUGAGGUUAAUUCUUGUAUUUCAAAGGCGUAGCCAUUUUGCCUUUGACGAAUAUUGACAUACGUCGGCCAAGUCUAGACAGAUAGUCAUUUGUUAAGGCAAAAGUGACAUGUAAACAUUGAAAUAACAAAGUUCUCGGCUCGAAAUCGUCACAUGGCUCGUUCAGGUUAAGUUCUUUUCAAAAAAAAAUCCGUUCGUGGUUUGUUGGAGAAAAAUUUUUGUUUAACUCCGUUUUAAGAACCGAAAAAUCACGCGUCGGGUACAAGUUUUUCGGUUUCGAGUUUGUUUUUUUUAUUAAGAAGAAAAAACGUUCGUUGUUUUAAUUAUUCCCAAUUGUUUUUGUUAACACCAACGGGGACAUUGAACGAUCUUCUUUUUUUUAUCCGUAAAAAAGGAUUUGUUUGAUACCAAAUCGAAGGAGGCGUAAUAUGUAAAAUGUUAUGGAUUGCGGUGUACAAAGCACAAUGCUGAGUGUACCGCCCAGUGGGGACUCGGUCCCCCAACAACCCCUAUCGGCGGCGGUUUUUGCGCCCCCCGAUACCGAUCAAGCCCAAUUCGAAGCCGAUAAACGGGCCGUUUAUAAGCAUCCUUUAUUCCCCCUUUUGGCGCUCCUCUUCGAACGAUGCGAAUUAGCCACUCAAAGUUCCGAUCCCCAAAGCAGCGACGCUUUCAACAUGGACAUUCAAGCUUUCGUACAGCAUCAGGAACGCGAUCGAAAACCGUUUUUGGCGAACGAACCCGAAAUCGAUGGAUUGAUGGUUAAAGCAAUACAAGUGCUUAGGAUACAUUUAUUAGAACUAGAAAAAGUGCAAGAAUUAUGCAAGGAUUUCUGUAAUCGUUAUAUAACAUGUUUAAAAGGAAAAAUGCAAUCGGAGAAUCUUUUACGAUCGGAUUAUCCACAAGAUAUCUCAUCAGGCAAUAUUCUAAAUAACCUCGAAAACAACAACAACAUGUUAUCUCAUGGAAACUCAGAAAGUUCUGAUUCAAACAGUCCAGUGCAAUAUUCAAUUAGUCCAUCACAAUCAAGUGUUCCUAAUAUUGAGAGACCUGUGGAGACUCCUCCAAGUUAUAUCCCUCAAUAUACGACAAAUCCUCCAAUUCCACCUCAAACAACGAGCUGUGAGAGCCUCGUGGUGCACGGAUCGACGCCUCUUAGUCAAAUCGGCGCUAAUUUAUGUUCCGUAGCACCUAGUGAUCACUCUUCGGGGCCGCUUUCGCCCGCACCAACAACUCCAGGGGGAUCCGCCGACGAUUGCGACAGCGAUUUCACCUCGAGGAUCGGAAGGAAACAAAAACGGGGGGUUUUACCAAAACAGGCGACGAGCGUUAUGCGUUCGUGGUUAUUUCAACAUUUAGUUCAUCCUUACCCGACGGAAGAUGAGAAGAGGCAUAUAGCGGCCCAAACGAAUUUGACGCUGCUCCAGGUGAACAAUUGGUUUAUAAACGCUCGGAGAAGGAUUCUUCAGCCGAUGUUGGACGCGAGUACACCGCAAGAAAAUUCUAGCACCGCCGGUUCGCCCGCGCAUAAAAAAAAGAAGGGACAAAAUAAUAAUAGGCGGUUUUGGAAUCAAGAUUUUUCGAAUAUGCAGCCUCAAAUUGAUGGAGGAAUGUUAUCAUCAUCGGACGAUGAAGGUGAUUCGUAUAGUAGUGAUGGCGAAGAAUCAAAUUUGGUAAUAGACUCGAACAACGAAAUAAACCAAAACGGCCAUCAAAUGGAUCCUUUAUCGUUUGCGACGAAUUCAAACGGUAAUAACGAUCGUUAAUCCCCGAAAAAAAGGAUUGUAAACCGAAAUAGUAAGUCAUGUUACCGAUUUUUUACGUUAUUACACUUAUUUUUAAACGAAAUACGAUGCAACCGAGUAUACGAUUAUUAUUAGUGGAAACAAAAUGAUUUAAGAAAAAACGUUUCUUUUAAAGGCUGAUGACUGAUUACUUUUUUAUUUUUAAAUUUGAAUAAAUAAAGAAACCGCAAUGAAAGUAUACGUAAAAUAUACCUCAAAGAAGUAAUCGUAACUUUUACCUUUUUAACCGAUUUUGGAGAAACAAAUCGGUUGAUUCCUAAAUAAUUAUUAUUAAAA